UUGGUCGGUUCUUAAGAGAGGACGAGUGAGGUUGAAGCAGGUGGAGUGCAGCAGCAGGUGUGUGUUGCUGGGGGGCGGUGGAGAUGCUUCUUUCCCCUAAGGUCGGGGGUGGAAUUUGGCUCUGGGACAGUAGCUGGAAACUGGGGCAGUUAGAGAAGAUGAGCAGGGGACAUCCUCCUGGGCCCCCAGUGUCUUUUGAGGAGGUGGCCGUGUUCUUCACGAAAGAGGAAUGGGCUCUGCUGGAUCCAGCCCAACGAGCUCUGUACUGGGAGGUCAUGCAAGAGAACUAUGAGACUGCAGCCUCCCUGGGACUUUGGGUGCCUGGACCAUUCCUUGAUUCGCAGGACCACCUAAGAGAAAUGGGUUUCCUUCACAGUUCUGAAGAAUCCGGAGGGUGUGUGGGUGUCCCCUUGUCAGCAGGAGACACACGAGGUACUGAGAGACAGGGGCAACCGGGAGAGGUGUCUACAGAACGAGUAGAGGAUCUGGAGGUGGAACCUUGGGAUCGAGAUGGACCUCCAAGGCAGCUGAAAGGAAAACAGAAGGGAAGAAAGGAACUGGUUGCAUGUCAAGGCAGAAACAUGGACGAAAUCCCAAUCCUAGGCCAAGAAGAAAAGGGAAGAAAUAAGUGGCCCAAGACAGGGGUAAGGUUCAGCUCCACAUCCAAUGCUAACAAAGUCCAGAAGAUCCAAAUAGGCAAGAAAACAUAUAACUGCGUGGAGUGUGGGAAGAGCUUCUGUCAAAAGGGUAACCUUACUUUACAUCAGAGGAGUCACACAGAGGAGAAGCCAUAUAAAUGCCCAGAAUGUGGGAAGAACUUCUCUCACAGUGGCAACAUAACUAAACAUCGAAGAAUUCAUACCGGGGAGAAGCCAUAUAAAUGUUUGGACUUUGGGAAGAGCUUCAGUCAGCAGGGUAACCUUAGUUUGCAUCAGAGGAUUCACACUGGCGAGAAGCCAUAUAAAUGCUUUGAGUGUGGAAAGGACUUCAGUCAGCAUGCACACCUCAUUAGACAUCGCAUGAGUCACACGGGAGAAAGGCCAUGCAAAUGCUUGGAGUGUGGGAAGAGCUUCAGCCUGACCAGCUUUACUUUACAUCAGAAGAUUCACACAGAGGAGAAGCUCUAUAAAUGCUUAGAGUGUGGAAAGAGCUUUGCACAUAAGCGUAACCUUACUUUACACCAGAGGAUUCAUACUGGGGAGAAGCCUUAUACAUGCUUAAAGUGCGAAAAGAGAUUCACUCAGAAGGGUAACCUUACUUUACACCAGAGGAUUCAUACCGGAGAGAAGCCCUAUACAUGCAUAGAGUGCGAAAAGAGCUUCACUCAGAAGGGUAACCUUACUUCACAUCAGAGGAUUCACAGAGGAGCGAAGCCAUAUAAAUGCUGGGAGUGUGGACAGAACUUCUCUUGUAAUGGCAGCAGAACUAGACACCAAAGGAUUCACACAGGAGAGAAGCCAUAUAAAUGCUUUGAGUGUGGAAAGAACUUUUCUUAUAGUAGCAGCAUGACUAAACAUCAAAACAUUCACAGAGGAGUGAAGCCCUAUAAAUGCUUGGAGUGCGGAAGGAGCUUCACUCAGAAGAGUAACCUUACUUUACACCAGAGGAUUCAUACUGGGGAGAAGCCCUAUAAAUGCUUGGAGUGCGGAAGGAGCUUCCCUCAGAAGAGUAACCUUACUUUACACCAGAGGAUUCAUACUGGGGAGAAGCCUUAUAAAUGCUUAGAGUGCGGAAGGAGCUUCACUCAGAAGGGUAAACUUACUUUACACCAGAGGAUUCACACAGGAGAGAAGCCCUACAAAUGCUUGGAGUGUGGAAAGAGCUUCAGGAGCAGACACCACCUUACUUUACAUCAACAUAUUCACAAUGAGAAGUAGCUAUUUAAUUGCUCAAAUCGUAGCAUGAGGUUUUCUCAUAAAUCAGGCCUUAAUCAACAUAAGAAGAUUCACAGAGGGAAGAAACUGUAAAAAUGCUUGGAAUGUGGGGAAACUUUUUGUCCCAGUCCAAGGUUUACUCCUCACCAGAGAAUUCACAGUACAGGGAAAACUUCACAUUGAAGCGUUUACACAGCGCAGGAGUCAUCUAAAUGCUGAGACUGAAGUUGGUUUUCUUGUACUUAUGUGGAUUCCUGCAGAGAAAUUGCAUUAAUCUCUUUUUUCUCCUCCAUCAAUGAGUUACAGCAUAAAGAGGAAGACAAUUUCAUAGCUGUCUUUCCUGACUGAAUAGGAGCCUGCCAAUUCCACCUGCAACUGGAAUAUUAUAGAGGGAGUUAUUUCUAUUGAUCAGCAAUCAGAAUAGCCACUGUGUGCUGCUGUAUGUAAAAUCUUUACCUUGGGGUUUUAUUCUUUUCUUGUGGGAAGCCUCCUUGUGAGCUCUUUCAGCUAAGAACACGGGAUGCAAAUAGCCAUGAUUUUUGAAAAAUUAUACUCAUAUUUUACAGUCUGCUAAAUAUUGGCCUUCAUCUGUCUACUCCGGCUGAUUCUUCUCACUGUAGCUCAAAAGGGACCUUGCAGAGCUGGUAAAGAGGGCCAGAAGAGGGCACCCAAGAGGAUUAAGAGACAGUGGGGAAAGAUUGCAUUUUCUGUCCUUUCUAAAAUACUGAGCUCAGAGGGCACCCAGUAAACUUGAUGGGGAAUAGCUCCAGGAUGGGCAGAAGGACAUAGAAUGAAAGAUUAAAUUAGGGAGUUCACUGCCAGUGAAUGGCCUUAAAGGGCCAUUUUUAGGCAAGUUUGUAGAAGACCAAGCCAUCACUAGCUACAAGGGAACCUUCAUGUAUAGAGGCAGUCAUCCCACUGCCAGGAGGCAACUUUUUGUUGGUUCUCUAGAAGAACUGAUUGGCCACUGCAUGAGUCAGGAUGCUGCACUCAAUAGGUCAUCGGUCUGAUCCAGCAGGACUCUGCUUAGGCAUUCUGCUCUGCAAAGUUUGUUUCCGUUUCACCAUCAGAACCACUUAAAUGAGAGAAAAGCUCUCUGACUCCAGGAAGGCAUCCAGUUUUGUAAAGCAGAGGUGGGAAAUAGGAAUGCGUGUUUUCUUUUUUUUUUGCAUGUUUGCUUAUGGAUGUUCAAUUAUGUCAAUGGCUGAUGGAUACUAAAUGCCAUUUUUAACAUUGAAACGCUUUAAUGUUUGGAUGUUCACUGCUAAAGGACCCUAUUUUGGGUGGAAAGCCAAUGCAGAAACGUUUUAAAUAAAGAGUCAAGCAAG